AUGGAUAGUGCAGCAGAUAACAAUGGCUUCACUGCCUCUAGCGCAGAUAGGAUGGUUGGAAUGGACCAUGCUGAGGUCCGCUAUUUCACAAGUUACGAUCAUUAUGGAAUUCACGAAGAGAUGCUUAAAGAUGAAGUGAGAACCCGCUCGUACCGUGAUGCUAUUUACAAUAGCAAACACCUUUUCAAGGACAAGGUGGUUCUGGAUGUUGGCUGUGGAACCGGUAUUCUCAGCAUGUUUGCUGUCAAGGCUGGUGCAAAGCAUGUUAUCGGAGUCGACAUGUCCUCCAUCAUUGGAAAGGCCCGCGAGAUCGUCCAGGCAAACGGAAUGUCAGACAAAAUUACCCUUCUUCAGGGAAAGAUGGAGGAGGUAGAGCUCCCUUUCCCCAAGGUCGACAUCAUUAUUUCAGAGUGGAUGGGAUACUUUCUUCUCUACGAGUCCAUGUUGGAUACCGUUCUCUACGCCAGAGACAACUAUCUCAACCCUAAUGGCUUGAUCUUUCCAGAUAAGGCCACCAUCUACCUUGGAGCCAUCGAGGAUGGCGAUUACAAGGAAGAGAAGAUUGGAUUCUGGGACAAUGUCUACGGCUUCGACUAUUCUGCCAUGAAGGAUGUUGCUCUCACCGAGCCCCUCGUCGAUACUGUUGAGCUCAAGGCCUUGGUCAGCGACCCUUGUGCCAUCAUCACUCUCGACCUCUACACCGUCACUACUGCGGACCUGUCGUUCAAAGUCCCAUUCAGCCUCACUGCAAGACGCGAUGACUACAUCCACGCCCUCAUCGCCUGGUUCGAUAUCGACUUCACGGCCUGCCACAAGCCCGUCCACUUUUCAACCGGCCCACACGCCAAAUACACCCACUGGAAACAGACCGUAUUCUACUUACGUGACGUCCUCACCAUCCGUGCCCAAGAAUCGGUCACCGGCUUUUUGGAGAACAGACCAAACCAGAAGAACAAGCGUGAUCUCGAUAUCACCAUAGGCUUUGAGUUUGAUGCUCAGGACAACACUCGUAAUGCUCAGGGCCUCUGCCAGUACAGGAUGUGCUAA